AUGACGUCUAUACACUACCCUCAGCUCCCUGCAGUAGAUAACACUUAUGGGGCAGUGCUCAUCGGGGCCUUCCUGGGGCUCAUCCUUUACGGAGUCAUGCUUCUCCAAGUUUAUACAUGCACGCGGCGACAACUCGCGGACGCGCUGUACCUCAGAUGCUAUGUCGCCUUCAUCGUUUACUGGAACUUGGUUGAGCACUACUUUCAUCUGUCCCCCCAAGCCGUCAUCUAUCUCUGGUCCACCAACCUCCUUCCGAUUUCGACGGGACUCGCUAUCGUUGCCUGUCAAUGGCAAGUUACAUGCAUCAGACCCUCCCGAAGAUCGUUCACAUACUAUGCACAUAGCUUUUACACGCGCCGUGUCUACAUCUUCCAGAAACGCUUUAAGCCUCUUGUUGCGGUCUUAGCAGUGUUUUUCUUGGGGGAAUUGGGACUUGCAAUUCUGGAUACAAUAUAUCUCUACGUCCACCCGAACUUGACAACAUACCACAGAGUGGCGAGGCUGAAUUCAGCGGUAUACGCGCUGGCAGUGACCGCAGAUACGAUACUAACCUCCGUGCUCGUGAUAAACCUGCGUCGAAGGAGGACAGAGUUUCGUCGCACUAACUCUACUAUCAACGCGCUCAUAGCAUAUGCCGUGACUACGGGGCUUCUUAUCGACAUGGUCAGCAUCGUAUCCCUCGCAUUGGCCUGGAUCAUGCCCGACAACUUCAUCUACGUCGGAUGCAACAUCGUCUCCACAUAUCUGUACAUAAACUGUGUCCUAGGGACGCUCAAUGCGCGGCAGUCGCUGUCUGGACAGCAUAACGGCCUCUCCCAGCCCGACGGCUUGAUUAACCUAUCGUCUCUCGCUCAGCGUAGCGACACGAGAACAGGCUCAGCGUUAGAUCCAACCCAGUGCGAAGAGAAACACCCCAACAUCCUGCACAUCGAAACAUCUGCACCCCAUGCGCCGGAACAGCGAGAAUUCGAAAUGCCCGUCUAUCCGGCGGCAUUGGAGGUUUAG